AUGGGUGCCAACUGUGAAAUUCAGCUAUCAAACUUCACCGAUACAGGUGAUUCAAGUAAUUUUGCACACUUGAUGGAACUUGAAGGAUCUAAGGAAAGAUUACACUUGUUCCAGGCCAACUUAAGUGAAGAUGGGUCUUUUGAUUCUGCAAUUGAUGGCUGUGAAGGUGUCUUUCAUGCAGCAUCACCUGUGUUGUUUUCAGUGACUGACCCUCAGGAAGAACUUAUAGAACCUGCUGUGAAGGGAACACUUAAUGUUCUUAGAUCAUGCAAAAAAGUACCAUCCGUCAAACGGGUGGUGUUAACAUCCUCUAUGGCUGCAGUUAUGUUUAACAGCAAUCCUCUAAACCCUGAUGGUAUAGUUGACGAAGCAUGUUUUUCAGAUCCAGUAUUCUGCAAGGAACAAGAGCAAUGGUAUUGCCUUUCAAAAACUUUGGCAGAGGAAGUGGCAUGGAAAUUUGCGGAUGAAAAUGGCAUUGACCUGGUAGUGAUGAAUCCUGGCUUGGUAAUUGGUCCACUUCUUCAGCCAACUCUCAAUUCAACUUCUGAGAUGAUUUUGAACAUCAUUAAAGAAGGAAGGACCGAUUAUCCAGAGUAUAGUGUUGUUGAUGUAAAAGAUGUUGCUCUGGCACAUAUUCUAGCUAUGGAGAGUCCUUCAGCUAGUGGCAGAUAUUGCUUGUCUGGAACACUACUAUCAGCUUCUGAAGUUCUUAAAAUCUUACAUAAGCUUUAUCCUCAUCUAAACCAUCUCCAGAAUAUUGCAGAAAAUCAGCAUAAUGUCAACCCACAUCCUAACCGAGUGUCACAGGAGAAGGCAAAGCGUCUGGGCAUCAGUUUCACUCCUUUUGAGGUUAGUCUAAAGGACAUUGUUGAAAGUCUAAAGGAGAAGAAUUUCCUAAGUUUCUAGGAUCCCACCAGCACCAUGGGAUGUAUCUACUUCAAUUCAACCAAUAUGCUCUCAGGCAUGGUCAUAUAAAUAGAUAUUGUACAUUAUUAUCAUUGUCGUGGGAAAGAUCAGCUUCAGAAAUGUGUUAUUUGUAUAUUCAAAUGCAAAUAAAAAGAGUCACAUUUGUUUAUGUUGUUUCGUAUCAUUAAACGUUGUGUAUGAAGUUCUAAAUUCAAUAAUGUUCAGCAUAUAUAGAUUCUUCCUGAUA